UGGCAACAAAUUUAGUUGCAGUGAAAAUUUAUUAAGUUGUGCAUAAAUACAAAACGAAUUGAAUUAUUUAUUUAGAAAAAUGGAUAAACGUUCUAAAGAGGCGCUUCGGCGCUACAAAAAGUCUAGACAACAAUCUAGUUCUGACAGCUCUAGUAGUACUGAAUCUGAUUCAUCCGGAAGCUCGUACUCAAGUUCAGAUAGUGAACGACAUCGUCGGAAAAAGGCUCGUCAGGCAACUGGUGGCGCAUCUCGCCGUUCAAGUAGCUCAUCUACCGAGGAACGAAGAAAGCGUGAGAAACGUGAGCAUUGUCAAAAAAAACUUGAAGCGAAGCGCAUUCAUCUUAAACGGAAAUUGAAAGAAGCUAAAUUAAAGAAAAGAGCUGCUGCUGCAGCUGCAGCUUUGAGUGGCCACAUUGGUCAUAGGUCACUUUCUCCUACUACUCAAGCAAAGUUAAAAAAACUUGCUGAACGCAAGCAUCAACGUGCAGCAAGUAAGGAAAGACGUGAACGUGAGAAGCAUCGUGCUGCGAUCGCUAGGGAAAGGGAAAGAGAGCGCGAACACCACCGCACAGGUUCUCGAUCACCUACAAAAAUUACAAAAAUACGUAUUCACCAAGAUGUCAAACGUCAGAAAAGCCCACCUCGUAUGCAUCACACAAUGAUGUCACGUGAAAAGAUUAUUAUUCAAACUCGGACAAGAGAGCGUACACCUUCUCCAACAGUGGAACGUCGGCAUGAACAUAAAAUACGACAUGAAGAAUUGGUAAGGGAACGUGAAAGGCGCGAUCGUGAACGAGAUCGGGCUGAACGUGAGGCGGCACGAGAUAAAGAACGAGCUGAAGCAUUAGCACGUUGUCAAGAGCGACAACGAGAACGGGAACGUUUGGCUAGGGAAAAGCUAAGGCGGGAGGAAGAGGAAAAAAAAUAUGGUGGGGUUGGUAGUGAACGUGGAGAGCGAUUAUUGCCUCGACCAGCUGAAAGAGAAUUGGCUAUAGCAGCAUCUCGAGGUUACAAUAGUCGAGAGCGUUCUUUGGAAGCUAUUGAAAGAACACGACAUAUGUCAAAACAUGAUUUAGAUGUUUAUGAACGAGAACGUGAAUACAUGGAAGCUGAGAGACGUAACUUAAUUAAUCGUGAAGAUAUUCGACGUGAUCGUGAAUACAUGCCUACCCGACGUCGUGAUUUGAGUCCAGUAGGUGAACAUUACUCUGCACGAUUGAGAGAUCCUCAUGAUAUGUAUCCAGAUGAAAAUCGAGAAAGGGCUUAUAAUCGUGGGUAUAUUGAAGAUGGUCAUCAUGGACGAGAACGCGAGGCUCCUUGGACUCGUGAAAUCCGAGAACGCGAGUUACAUGACAUACGCGAUGUGCGAGAACAACGUGAUAAUCGAGAUCCACGCGAUUUCAGAGAUAUGGAAAGUGAACUUAUUUAUCCUGAUGAAAGAGAACGCCUCAUUCGCAAUCGAGAGCGUGUUCGUGAGGAGUGGAAAGGCGAUUGGGACAUAAGUAGGGAACAAGAAUGGAAUGACACACCACCAAUAACUGGGCGCGGAGGUUUUAUAGGUGGACCCAAAAGAAAUACUACCUUAAUCGGUGGGGCACCUAAUUCAGGGCCAUCAAAAAUACCACCACGCGAACAGCGGGCUCCGUCGGAGCCAGAUUGGGAUGCUGUUGAAGUGCAGAAGAGUACAGGAACAAAUAUAAAUAAAAUAGAACCUCCACUCAUACGUGAUGGUUCCAAUUUUGGUAUAGGCACAGGACAACGGGAUACAUGGGGUGCAAAUGAUCAUCAUGACAUGCCACCUCAAAGAGAAAAGCCUAUUCCACCACCUCGUACAGAGGGUGUAGAUCGACGUUGGCAAAAUGAUUGGCGGGAAGAGGAAGAUGCGAUGCACCGUGUUGCGUCUGUAAAUAGUGGUGGUAAUAUUCCACCAUCCAUGCACCACCAUCGAAGCGAGCGUGGUGGCAGAAAUUUUCGAAGAGGGGGUGGGGCAGGAGGCCCAGAGCAUGGAGAUCGUAAUGGGCAAGGGCUCCGAACGCAUCCACCACCAUUAAUGACAUUACCCGUGCAACCCCCUGCAACAGGUUUUCUUGGUGGAAAUCCUCGGUUUCCCAAUAAAAGUAAAAUGACGUACACAAAUCCAAACAUAAUCAAGAAGCAACAUGCUGCUAUGGCCGCUGCUAAAGCUGCACAAGCUAGCGCUGUAGCAGCUGCAAGCACAGCAGUAGCAGCUGCCAAAGCUGCUGCACAAAGCGCUGCAAAUGCUACGACCAAUCCAAGUAUACUAGGACAGGCCAGCAACUUGAUACGUCAGCAACAUGAACCGUUUAUCAAUGAUGACAAGCCGGAAGCCGGAGAGAUUUUACACGAUGCUGAUAGUAACAAAAACUUGGAUUUAGGAGUCACAACUAGAAAUGUCGAAUUAAUGCUCGGAAAUCCUGCAGUGGGUGAUGAUAGAGCAGCCGGUGAAUUAAGUGAAAUAAGUGAUAGCGAUGAUGACAUACUUAAUAAAGGGGAUAAAAAGUCUAGAACUGAAACAGAUGAGGAUUGCACGGUAAAAGUUGAUGGUAUUUCCGAACAGGAAGAUUUGACACGCAGUAACGAUGAUGCAGGAAUUGUAGAUGAGAAAAAUGAAGAUGACGAAAUGCUUGAUUUCGAGGAAAUUUCAGAUGGAGAGUUGGAGGAAGAUUCGCGUAACAAAGGAGUAGGAGAUGCUCUUGGUGUUGACUGGGCCUCACUAAUUGCUGAGACAAAACUUCAAGCAGAAAAUGCUGUUCCCGGAGUUAAUGAACAACCAACAACAGCAAAGCAAAAGUGGCAACCGCACCGUAUUAUUCUUGACAUGGGAAUAUCAUUGUGUAUGGCAGGUGAAGAUUAUGCAAAGAAACUAUUAUCUGAAUCGAGACAAAAAUUAGAUGAAGAAUUGAAAGAAAUAAGCCAAAAGGUCACACUAGAAGGAAAUACAGUGUCAGUUAAAAAAGAGAAUGAUGAAACUAAGAACAAUACUUUGGAACAUGCCCUGGAUAUCAAAGAGAAAGUCGAUAUUAAAAUGGAACCGGUGAACGAUAAGCCCGUAGAUGAAAUGGAUGACGAAGUUUCAUUCAAUUUUGACAGUUUACAACCACUCGCUUGCCUGCAAGUUGGUGAACGUAAACAACGCCUGGAACGACAAAUUUUAAUCUCAAAUGCAUGUGGCACUCAUAGUCGAGCUUUGAGCGCUCGACAAGAUUUAAAAUUAAGAAGGCAGAUAUGCAAUUUACCAGCACGCGAUUGUGAUUUAUCCAAGCCGCCACCCAUAAAUGCUAAAAUAAAAUCACUGGCUCUAGCAGCAUUUCAACGUACAUUAGAAGUAAAAUAAAAACUCAAAUUUGUCAACAAUUAUAUUAUAUAUACAUGUGUACUCUGUUUUUCUUCAUAAA